AUACUCCAGCUAGUGAUAUAUAUAGUUUUUCUAUGAUUAUGUGGGAAUUUACAUCUGGAGUGUCAACAUUUAAUGAUAAAGCACAUGAUCUACAACUUUGUUUAAAUAUUUGUAAAGGUGAACGUCCUGAAAUUAUUGAAAAUACUCCACAAUGUUAUGUAGACUUGAUGAAAAAAUGUUGGGAUAAAAAUCCAUCUAAAAGGCCAUCUUCUGAAGAAGUUUCGGAUAUUAUUAUUGAAGAUAUUAAUGAAGAAUUAAAAUGUAGUGUUAUGGAAUUUAUAAAUGCACCAAUUGGGCAUACCAAUUUUGCUACUGAAUCUCAUUCA